CAGGCAAAACUAACCUCAACCCUACACCUCCUAAUCCCACGCCUGCGCCUCCUCCAAAAGAAAUCCACCGCCUCCUCCGUCGUCCAGCGCCGCGAACUUGCCCAGCUCCUUGAGAACCAGCGCGACGCGUCCGCGCGCAUCCGCGUCGAAAAUGUCAUCGCUACCGAUAUCGCCGUCGAGGUCAUGGAGAUGGUGGAGCUUUACUGCGAGCUGCUGCUUGCCCGCGCGGGCGUGCUGGAUGGCCUUGCGUUUGGAGAGAGUGGGGCCCGCGCGCGCGCAAGGUCGCUAGGUGAAGAUGCGACUGGAGACGAAGCAUAUUAUCUCGAUGCGGCGCUCGACGAAGCCGCAACGGCUAUCCUCUAUGCAUGGUCGCGUUUCCCAACCGAAGUGCGCGAGCUUACGCUCCUGCGCUCCCUCCUCGCAGACCGGUACGGGAAAGACUUUAUGAAUCUCGCCUCGGAGAAUAAACUUGCGGGCGUGAAGGUCCCAGAGCGUCUAGUGAAGGGGCUACGGGUGCGCCCGCCAAGCGCGGAAUUGGUGGAGAGUUAUCUGAAGGAGAUUGCGCGAGCGUAUAAAGUUCCCUGGGGCGAGACGGAGGGGGAGUCGCAAGUUGAAGGGGAUAUUCCGGAUGUCGAUGCUGGCGAUUUCGCAGGAGAUGGCGGCGAAGGUGGAGAUCUCGACGACCAGGUACGGGUUGGCGAGGUUGUCCGCCGGGCAUCUGAAACUGCAGAGUUAACGCGCGCCACGCCGCCGAGGGGAUUCAAUCCACAGUCGAGCCCCGUGAGUGUUGCGCCGCCGGGACCAAGAUCUGAUAAUCCGAAUCCGAGAGUUAAGGUUCCCGAUGAUAAAGAUGGCGAUUCGUCGAGCGGGGGUGGGCCUGGGGUAUCGAGCCCGAGUCCUAGUCCGAGUGCGCAGCGGAGAGACAAGAGUGGGAUUCCGGAUGUGGAUGAGUUGUCGAGACGGUUCGCGGCGUUGAAGCGGUAG